GCACUUGUUUUAUGGUAGAUUCUUGUUGUCUUUGGCCAACCAAAGAACGGAAAUAUCUUCUCAACACAUACUUCUCUUCCGCUGGUUUCUUUGCUCAGCUUCUCUCAGAUCCUUUCCGUCCUCCUGGAAAUCGCAGCCCCUGUUCCAUCAAAUUUGAAUCGAGUUUCCAUUCUCUCCACCAAGAACCUAUCUUUCACUACCUUUAUGCUGGUCGAACCAUAAAAAUCCCAUCUUGUUGAUUCUUCCUACGUUGAUUUCUUAGUUACUCAUCAGAUGCGGAGGAAAUGGAUGCUAGAGGGUGAUGGUGAACAGCGGAUGGUUAUAGAAGACUACAACUUUAGGGGUUCAAGAGCGCGCUCUGAUUUCAGCUUAUGAGACGGAAAGGAUUUGGCAUACUUCGAUGGUUUAUCCUGGCUAAUGUCCUCUCUGCUGCAUCUUGCAAUUGGUGGUUUCUUACUGGAAAUUGUAGCAUAACAGCUUAAAGCAUAGAUAAUCAUCUGAGUUGUUUUAAUUGCUUGUUUGGGUUUAAUGGGUCGAGGCAGAGGAAAGGGGAAGAAAUUGGCAGUGGCCACUGGUAACGAGGACCCAGGGAGUGGUGAUCAAGAGGUGCUUCCUGUAUAUAAGAGAAGAGGAAGGCCUCAGAAGCCGUUGAAGGAUGACAUUGAUGUAGAUGACACUGAAACGGUAGAAGGGAAAGAUGAUAUGAAGCUUACUGCACCAAACAAAGAGCUUAAGGGUUCAACAGUGGCGGUUGGGAAGAAACGAAAGAGAUAUUCAAAAGCAAAAGAGAACUCUGAUGCGAUCAUAGAGGAAAAUGGUGUUGGAUCAAAAUCCAGAAACGAGGAUUUAACAAGGUCCAAUGGUUUUCGGCAUAGUGGGAGCCGGCGGAAGAGCAAGCCUCGUCGGGCUGCUGAAGCUGGAGUUGAGUGCAAGUGAGAAACUGAUUUUGUUGUGUUUCUAUCAUUCCAUUGUGAGACAUUGCUGACGGUUGAGAUCCUUUAUGGUGCACUUCUUUUGUUUUAGUUGCCUGUCUUUCUUUUGUUU